CUGUAAUUGCAUAUUAAUAUUCAGAUUCAGUAAUUGCUAUCAGCUGUUUAGCUUACAAUAACUGCGACUGCUAGCAGUUAUGCAAAAAUUUCACAGCACUGCUACUUUUGACAGAGGGGAAAAGUACCAUGAAUAACAAAAACAAUUAUCAAUGAAAAUUUACGCAUAUUGAGUGCAAUGAUUUGACUGUAAUGGCCAACAGCUCUAGCUCUGAUGAAAGCUCCAAAGCCCCAGACAAUUUUCAACUAUCCAGCAGUUCAACAAAUGACGAUGAAGAGGAUAUCGAUGCAUGCGAUGGCGCUGGCUACAACACAAACACAAAGAAACUGAGCAGCAGUAAUGUGCGCGUAAAGAAAUCUAAAAGUGAUGGCGUAUGUACAGGAUUGCGUUGUCCGCUAUGUUGUAAGCAACAGCGACGCCUGCACUGUCGCAAUUGCGUUAAAAAUGGCAACUUUACACAUAGUGCAGCAGAAAAAGCAGAAAGUUUGACGGAGAAGCAGCAACGCUAUAUAAAUCUACAGGCGGGACUGAAGACAUAUAGCAAACGUUAUGAACAGCUGAUACAGCAGCACAAAAGCAAUGAAAAUCGCAUGAUUGCUAUCAGAGCCAAGCGAGAGCAGCUGCAGUUAUUGCGUCAGCUAAUUGGUAGCACCACAGAUCGCUUGCAGCAGCUAAGCAUGCAACGGGACGAGCUGCAUCAGGCAAAUGAGGAGAAACGCAAGACCUUACCCAAAUAUCCCAACAAUGUCAAAAUGCUGGAAGACUAUGUGAUUGAUCGUUCCAUGCGUAUUGAUAAACUGCGCCAGCAGCAUACAGCGCUGCUGGACAGCAUCAAGCAGGCAGCGCGUCGUGAUAUUCAACAAUUGGUGGCAUACAUCUUUCCCAUAAAGGAGGUUGUGCUGCGGGAUGAGCAACAGCGCAAGGUGUGCGCUGAGCGCUCUGAAGAGGCAGAAACAAUUGCAGCGCUUGCCGAUGCUAAGAACACCUCGUAUAUACGCGGCAAGUGGGUGUUCCAUGGCAGCGGCAUUAGCGAGGUGCAAUAUCGAAUUGUGGGUCCAUCGCUGCCCGCCAAUGGCGACUACACAGCCUAUCUGGACUGGCUGUCGGAUAAUAAGGAUGAUGGUGCAGCUGCAAAUGAGAUUACGCCCAGUCGGUUGGAGGCAUAUCGUAUCUUGGGCGCACUUACCUAUACAGCGCAGCUGACGCAGUUGCUUAGCUUUUAUUUAAAUGUGCGACUGCCAAAUAAAAUUGCGUACGGCGACUUUUGCCUAAAGCUGCUCACCGAGGAGCAAUUUUUGCGCAAGGUUUGCCGCAUUAACAACAACAUCAUGUACCUGGCCUACACUCAGCAGGUGAAAGUGCGAGCUCUGAACGAGCAGCAUACACUUGAGAAUAUACUGGCUAUUCUGGAUCCAGAACGCAGCAACUUGGGACGCUUUGGUCAUGUGGAUGUAAGCAAUGCGCCGCUUAUGCGAUCUGUAGAUUCACUACUUAUAGGCAUUGAAACAGCUACAGAGUCGGAAUCUGAAGAUGAAGGUUCGUUGCGCCAGGACUGGGAGGCCUUAAGUGCAUCACAACCAGAGCUAAGCGAAUCCCAGAUAAUGCCAACUGUGACGCAACAAUCUACUAUAGCAUUGGCAGCUAAUCGCAUAACCUCCUUGCUGGGCUGGAGAAUCAAGUAAGGCAACACUUGACUGUCGAAAAGAUCUUAGCUUUAGUUGGUGUAAAAUUUUAACAAGCAUUAUUUUAAAGGCUACUUCCAUGCUACAAUUUUUAAUGUAUAA